AUGGCAGAAGAAGAACACCACGACGAAAUGAAGAAACUAUUUUCCUCCUACAUCGGUCUCAGCUUCUCCGUCUUCCUCGCCCUCCUUCCCAACAAACUCCGAGAACAUUCUCUCAGAGCCUUUCGCGCCGAGGAAGAGCUACGCCAGAUAAAAUCCCGCCGCCAGGAGGAUUACAAAGCAAACGCCAGAGUAGCCGAGAUCUUCGCCUCGCACCGAAACUCCUGGCGCGACGAAGAGAAACGUCUCUUGCGUCGAAUCGACGCCGCGUCGGAGGAGAUCGAUAGGCUGAGAGGAAUCGUGGAAGAUUCCAAGGCGCGUGUGGAGGAGUUGGAGCGUGAGGUUGUUGAGAGAGAUGAUAUGAUUGGGUUUAUUUCCAGAAGGUUUCAGGAGGAGGGAUUAGGUGGUUGCGGGAGCAGGGAACGUUACGGUGGGAAUCAAUAUAAUAAUAGUAAUAGCGGUGGUGGCGGUGGUGGUGGUGGUGGGGAGUGGUUUCAUAAAGAGGAAGAUGAAAUGGUGGGGACCACUGCUGAUUCUCGUAAAGUUGAUGUUAUCUAUCAACAACAUCAUAGUAAUGCUUUUGAUUCUGAGUUUAUUGCUUCUUCUGGUUCUAAGUUUUGGGCUGAAAAAGCAUCACUGUGCCAGGAUGUACAGUAUGAAUCCCUUGAAUCAAUGUAUAAUACGAAGCAAUUUGUAGCAAGAAGGGAGUCCCCGUGGAAGGUAGACGGCGAUUCAGCUGGAGUUUCCUCUAAACUUAAAUUACUUGAACAGGAAUUAUUAAAUCUGGAGAAGAUUAGUAAGGAUGUCCCGUCGAAGGUGUCAUCCUCAAUAAAGAAGCAAGCAAAGAGAUUUCAAUCGCUUUCAGAAAAAAUUGAUGAUUUAUGCAGACGAAUACAGGCUAGUGAUCCAUGUGAACCCUCCCUCGGUUCAGAAUUUCGAACCCAAACUCAAACAGAGUUUUUACUAGAAGCAUUCCGGCUUCAACAGGGUGCAUCUGAAACUGGACAGAAACUAAUGGCAUUGCAUACCGAAGUCGGGAAGACCCAUUACAGGGACGAGUUAAGAGGCGAGACCACACUAACCACAAGACGAUCGCUGGACUCUAUUCGAAACAACUUCAGAGAACUCCAGCGAAAUCUGGAGAUCUGGUUGGCCAGAAUCAUCGGUGAUCUCGAAGGAAUUCUUGCAAGGGACGGUGCGUCUCGCGUAAGAGAAUAUUACAUUUCUAGAUAUCCUUUUGUUCAAUAG